CACGUACUUGAAAAUUGACUGAAGCGAACGGUACCCGAAUGAUUCUAAUUCUCACUCAGGAACCAUUACAAAGAUCGACGCUCCUCACUACUUCAGGCUAUGGGCAAGUUUAGCAUUGCCCAGCACUUCCGCGAACAAUGGAAGUCGCUCCCUAUCUAUUCAGGUGAUGUGGGGUCGAAGGCGAUCAUGGUAGUCGGGUCGAACGUUGGGAUUGGUCUUGAGGCAUCCGUUCACUUGACGCGUAUGAAGCCCAAGCUUCUGUUCCCUACAUGCAGAGACGAGGAAAAAUGUGAACGGACGCGUGAAGUUCUGAUGGAGCGCACCGACGAUGACGGUGACGGAAUAAUUCCAUUGCCGCUCGAUCUUAGCAGUUUCGACAGCGUGCGUGCGUUUGCAGCUACGUUUGCAGCUCAGCCGUGUUCGGAUGAUGGGUUGAAUGUGCUCGUCGCGAACGCGGGCAUGUUUAUACGGGAGUAUACUACGACGAGUGAUAACUGGGAAAUUACGCUUCAAGUGAACUAUCUAUCUACGGCUUUACUGAGCAUUCUGAUGCUCCCGCACCUCGUCAAAGCCUCCACUCCAGAAUCCCCCUCGCGUCUGGUUGUUGUCUCUAGCCUUGGUCAUUAUUUUGGUGCAGGGAGGUUGAAGAAUGCGGGGCAGUGGGAGAGCGUGUUAGAGGGUAUAAAUGACAGGAAUCUCUGCUAUAGCGGGGACCGGUACAAUGUGACUAAGCUGCUUGAGGUCAUGUUUGUGCGAGAACUCGCCGCUCGUCUCCCAACUCCUACACCCGUCGUUGCAUGCACCGUCCACCCCGGAUUCUGCCUCUCGAACUUGUUCCGGGACAUCAGUGGUAAAUGGUACACUCGACUGUUGAUAUCCUUGGCGGGCGUGCUCUUUUCCGCACGUACGGCUGAAGAAGGCAGUCGGACGCUCGUUCAUGCGGCGGUUGGUCCCGACGAACUUGCGAUGCAUGGACGGUACUUGUCGAGCUGCCGAGUUGCGGAGGAAGCCGAUUACUUAUUUACGCCUGAGGGGCAGGCGUUUUCUGGGAGACUUUGGACUGAGACGAUAGACACCCUUUCUAAGGUGGAUGGUCGUGUGCCGGAUAUCGUUAAGCAGUACCUUCGGGUAGAUUGAAGGACUGGUGUUUUCUUUUGUAGUGACCAAGUAAUAACUCCCUCUGCAUGUAAGUUACUGAUUGGGGCGGUCAUUUUGCGCAGCCCAAUCGAUGUUAAUACCCAUACUAUUCGCACUCAAACAUGCGUAACAUUGAAACGGAG